UUUACUCGUCUGAUUUAGUACUGAAAUCUUUUUAAAAUGGGAACCAUACUACAGUUCAGUUUUGUACUUUUGCUAUUUCAAGUUAUAGCUGUUAGGGCUACUACGGAAAAAAUUGUUUUUUGUUACUGGGGUACAUGGUCCCAUUACCGAAAUGGAAAUGGAAACUUCAAAGUAAAUAAUAUUAAUCCAAGUUUAUGUACGCAUAUCGCAUAUUCAUUCUUUGGUAUCAACAAUAAUGGAGAAAUAAUAUCUCUGGAUAGUUGGCUGGAUGAAGAUUUGCAUAAUAUUGCUAAUACUGUGGCAUUGAAACAACAAAACCCUGGCCUUAAAGUGUUAGCGGCUGUGGGUGGUUGGAAUGAAGGUUCAAUAAAAUACUCAACAAUGGCAGGUGAUGCGACAAAACGUUUAAAUUUUAUCAACUCAGCAUUAGCUCUUUUACAUCAGAAUGAUUUUGAUGGAUUAGAUUUGGAUUGGGAAUAUCCAUCGCAGCGCGAUGGAAUCUCUGCAGACCGACAAAAUUUUGUAAUUUUGCUGAAGGAAUUAAAACAAGCUUUCGCAGCGGAGAGCUUUUUACUCACUACCGCCGUUGCUGCUGGUCAAACAUCCGCUAGUAUCUCGUACGAUAUACCAAGCAUGUCGCAAUAUAUUGACUACAUAAACGUUAUGACAUAUGACUUUGUUAGUUCUUGGGAUAGCAAUAUUGGCAUACAUUCACCUUUAACUGGUUCCGGUCUUAAUACAGUAACAGCUUCAAUUAACUACUGGUUGCAAAGUGGUGCUCCACCGAACAAAUUGGUGUUAGGUAUACCAUUCUAUGGACGUACAUUUACCUUAGCAUAUUCAAAUCAAAAUACGCCUGGAUCACCUAGUGCAGGUCCUGGAGCUGCUGGUCCAUAUACAUAUGAAUCUGGAUUUUUGGGCUACAAUGAAAUUUGUGAAAAGAUUGUAAACUGGAAUAAGAUAUGGGACACAAGUUCUUCGUCUCCCUAUGCAUUUAAAGAUAACCAAUGGGUUAGCUAUGACAAUCAGGAGAGUAUAACUUUGAAAAUUAAUUUUUUGAAAUCACUUAAUUUGGCUGGUGCAAUGGUGUGGUCAAUAGAAAGUGAUGAUUUUCGAGGUACUUGUGGAAGUGCAUAUCCACUCUUGAAUGCCAUUAAUAAUGCAUUAUACAGUGGUACGAGUAUAACAAGCACCACACAAGGUUCUAUAACAACUUCCACAACUGCAGUCGUAACUACACUACCUCCCGUAACAACUACGACGAGCACCUCGAAUUCCAAUGGGUGUACCAAACAAGGAUACUUUGUUAAUUCCAAUGACUGCACAAAAUAUUAUUAUUGCACUAAUGAUAUGAUCCGUUACGAUAUGUCAUGUCCUAGUGGUUUGUACUUCGAUGAAGCCACCAUAAGGUGUAAUUGGCCUGAGUUAGUAAAUUAUACUCCUGAUGGACCUAAAUUAUUUGGUGAGAUGGACUCUGCAUUUUUAUUCACCUAUGCACUUUCCAUGUUUGCGUCAGGAUUCAUAGCUGAACGUGUAUCAUUACGUUAUUAUCUCUGUUUUGGCAUGAUCUUGUCAGGACUUUUUCAAUACUUAUUUGGUUUAGCUAAAAUUUUGGAUAUUCAUAACAUGACGUAUUUUUUACUUAUACAAAUAUUUGGUGGUAUAGUCCAAACAACAGGAUGGCCUGGUGUGGUGACUAUCGUUGGCCGUUGGUUCGGUAAAUCAAAGCGUGGUUUAGUAUUUGGAAUUUGGAAUAGUCAUACUUCUAUUGGCAAUAUACUUGGUACGCUAAUAGCUGCAGAGUAUGUGGAAUCAGACUGGUCGCUAUCAUUUAUUGUUCCCGCCAUUAUAAUUUGUAUUGGCGGUGUUAUCAUGUUUUUGUUUCUGGCAGAAAGUCCAGAAUCAGUUAGCUUACAACUUGACCGGCCUUACUCAUAUGACCUCAUUAAUGAUUCCGAUGUCGAAGAUGAUAGAAAUCGUAAUGAAUCAAGUGAAAGAGCACAAUUGUUACGGCAUAGACCAUCAAUUAGUAUAAUUGAUGCACUUCAUAUACCAGGCGUAAUCGAAUUUUCAUUUUGUUUAUUUUUUUCAAAAUUAGUCAGUUAUACAUUCCUGUACUGGUUGCCGCUGUACAUUGAGAAUUCAAGCACUUUGGGAGCAGAAGUGUCUGCCAUUUUAUCAACGACAUUUGAUGUUGGUGGUAUAAUUGGUACUAUUACAGCUGGUGGAAUAUCUGAUAAAACUGGAAUGCCUGCUACUGUGUGCAUGGUUAUGUUUUUGAUAGCAUCUCCUGUGUUGCUUUUGUAUCAACAGUUUGGUUCAGUAUCUAUGGAAAUAAGCAUUGUAUUGCUUAUACUCGGAGGCAUUACGGUUAAUGGACCAUAUGGUCUUAUAACGACAGCAGUGAGUGCUGAAUUAGGAACACAUAGUACUGUAGAAGGAAAUGCCAAAGCUUUAGCUACUGUUACUGCAAUUAUAGAUGGGAUCGGCUCAAUUGGUGCUGCUGUGGGUCCACUUUUGGCUGGUGUUUUCUGUACUGGAGGUUGGGAACAAGUUUUUCAAAUGCUUAUUAUGGCCCUGACCUGUGCAAUGAUAUUAUUAAUACGACUAGUAGCUAAAGAAUGCAUAAAUUUACGUCUUUCGCAGCGGAGCUUUUUACUCACUACCGCCGUUGCUGCUGGUCAAACAUCCGCUAGUAUCUCGUACGACAUACCAAGCAUGUCGCAAUAUAUUGACUACAUAAACGUUAUGACAUAUGACUUUGUUAGUUCUUGGGAUAGCAAUAUUGGCAUACAUUCACCUUUAACUGGUUCCGGUCUUAAUACAGUAACAGCUUCAAUUAACUACUGGUUGCAAAGUGGUGCUCCACCGAACAAAUUGGUGUUAGGUAUACCAUUCUAUGGACGUACAUUUACCUUAGCAUAUUCAAAUCAAAAUACGCCUGGAUCACCUAGUGCAGGUCCUGGAGCUGCUGGUCCAUAUACAUAUGAAUCUGGAUUUUUGGGCUACAAUGAAAUUUGUGAAAAGAUUGUAAACUGGAAUAAGAUAUGGGACACAAGUUCUUCGUCUCCCUAUGCAUUUAAAGAUAACCAAUGGGUUAGCUAUGACAAUCAGGAGAGUAUAACUUUGAAAAUUAAUUUUUUGAAAUCACUUAAUUUGGCUGGUGCAAUGGUGUGGUCAAUAGAAAGUGAUGAUUUUCGAGGUACUUGUGGAAGUGCAUAUCCACUCUUGAAUGCCAUUAAUAAUGCAUUAUACAGUGGUACGAGUAUAACAAGCACCACACAAGGUUCUAUAACAACUUCCACAACUGCAGUCGUAACUACACUACCUCCCGUAACAACUACGACGAGCACCUCGAAUUCCAAUGGGUGUACCAAACAAGGAUACUUUGUUAAUUCCAAUGACUGCACAAAAUAUUAUUAUUGCACUAAUGAUAUGAUCCGUUACGAUAUGUCAUGUCCUAGUGGUUUGUACUUCGAUGAAGCCACCAUAAGGUGUAAUUGGCCUGAGUUAGUAAAUUGUCAUAAUUAAAAAAAAAUUUAAUUUUUAUGUUAAAUAAAUAAAUAAUAAU